GAUUGUCCGAAGCAGCAAAUAAAAAACUCUUUUAUCUCCUUACUUUGUUCACUAUCCUCUCUUUGUGUAUCACAAUGGAGGGUCAUCAAGGACCUCCCCUCCCAAACUACAUGAAAGACGACAAAGUUAGCCAAGAAACCAAGAACUUGAUCUCGACUCUUCCUUCAGACAAAGAUUUCAUGGGUUACCCUCUCUACAACUACAAAGGUUGUUGGUACUAUCCUAACACACUCCAAGCAGUUCUUGAUGUCCAAGCGCAUUUCCGCCCUCGAAAAACCGAUAUAAUCCUUGCUUCUUUGCCCAAAGGUGGUACGACUUGGCUCAAAUCUCUUGUUUUCGCCCUUGUGCAUAGAGAAAAAUACCGUGAAAAUCCUCCAAUCCAUCCUUUGCUCUCAGAAAACCCUCAUGACCUUGUCCCAUUUCUUGAGAUUAAGCUAUCCGCUGGUAGCCAAACACCGGAUCUCUCAAAGUUUCCUUCUCCUAUGAUCUAUUCAACACACAUGCACUUAAACACAUUGCGUGAAGCCACCACAAAGUCCUCUUCUUCACCUUGCAAAGUCGUGUAUGUGUGCAGAGGUAUCAAGGAUACGUUCGUAUCCGGUUGGCAUUAUAGAAACAUGCUGCAUCGCACCAAGAUGGACCAGGCCACUUUUGAGCUCAUGUUUGAUGCAUAUUGGAAAGGGGUUAUCUUAUAUGGACCCUAUUGGGAACAUGUGUUGGGCUACUGGAAUGGGAGCUUGGAAGAUGGAGAGAACGUUCUUUUUUUGAAGUAUGAGGAGAUGUUUGAGGAGCCUCGUGUACAAGUCAAGAGGCUCGCUGAGUUCUUGGAUUGUCCAUUCACCGAGGAAGAAGAAAAGAGUGGUUCGGUGGAGGAGAUCUUGAAGUUGUGUAGCUUGCGUAAUUUGAGCAAUUUGGAGAUUAAUAUGAAUGGGACAACGAGAAUUGGUAUAGAUUCUAAUGUGUUCUUUAGGAAAGGUGAAGUUGGUGGUGACUGGAAGAAUCAUCUCACUCCUCAAAUGGCGAAAAAGAUUGAUGAUAUUGUUGAAUGUAAACUACAAGGUUCUGGUUUGAUAUUUCAACAAGGUUGUGUUAUGUUUUUCCUGUACUUAACGGCACAUAAAAUUUCAGCAAAUAAAGUUGUGUUGUGUUAUGUUUGGUCAAGUCACUUUCACGUAAUUCCUAACCCCAGUUUUGGUUAGACCAUUGGACUAUAAUAUGUUUCAUAUAAUAAUUGAAUUUUGAUUUUCCUCAA